GUCGUCCCAUACCUUGACCGGUGAUUUAUUGGCAAUUAUGCGCUCUGUUAUCCUCUCCGCCGCCGUCGCCGCCAGCCUGGCCAGCCUCGCUGCCGCCGUCGCUGUCGCGUCCGGCAACAUUACCAGUUCAGGCAGCACUGCCCGGAUCUUCCUUGACGACGACCUCAACGGUCAGGGCUCCUACGUAGCUUCGAUCGUGAACGCCUGCUCGGAUCGGACUGUCUACGCCAUCCAAUGUACGAGCGCCGGGAACGCUCUGGGGCGUGAGAUCUGUGGCCCCGCUGCUCCGACCGUGACCGUCACGGAGGGCCCUUCCCAGUUCAUCGCCAGCUACGUGACCGAGACGGGGACGCUGGGCCACGACGCGAAGCUGACCAUCUCCGAGUCCUGCCGCCUCAAGGGCACCACCGAGGCCGACUGCGUGGCCGCUGCUACCAUCGAAAUCGACGGCAGCGCGACCGGCAGCUCGAGCUCGACGGUCCUGACCGGCUCCCACGUCCACUUCUACAACGUGCCCAUCACGGCCGGCGCGGAGAAGACGGCGAGCGCGACAGGUGCCUGCACGCCCAACGCCGCAGCCGGGAGCAGCCUGAGCGUGGUCAAGGUCAUGGCUGCUGCUCUGGCUGCGGGAUUUCUGGGCGUUCUUGCUUUCUGAGGACAGCGAGGUGCUGGGAAUGAACGUUUUGCGUGUCAUCGAUUUGAUGGAUUUGGGUCGCUGGGAACUGGGACACCUUGGUUGGUUUAGCGCGGUCAAUGUGGGUUCUUCAAGGAAGGACUUAGGGGUAAAUGGCGUACGGAGGUUUUUCUGGUUGUUCUCGCGCUCGAGAAUCUUAUGCGAAGAUUCAACAAGCAGUCAUUCAAUUCGUUAAUUGAUUUGCUGUUUGCAUAACUCACACCCAAAAGAGUGCAUCGUCCGGCCCGCACACCCACAU